ACUGCCCGACAUUUUGCGAGUUUCAAAAUGCUGUAACCAUGGCGACUAAAACAAGUCUUUUUCCGUUUCACACUCUACACAAUCUGCAAAUGUACGCUUAAUAUUUUGGAAUUUACCAGUUUAUUAAAGGGAAAGAAUUAUAAACGGAUCAUAUACCGUGGUUGUAAAGCAAUACUCAAGAUUCAUUAUACUUGCAUGUAUGAACACAGAUUUGAAACUAAAGCAUGAAACAAGAUGCAUAAGACAGAUACAAUCAGAGCAUUACGUGAAGCUAUGGAGCCUGGUGUGAUAACACGGAGCAUGCUUGUUUCUCUAGCGAUUGACCAAGGACCGAAAAAAGAAGGCGGUCGAUUAUUUCUUCAAGAUGGAAUCCAGCUAGACAAAUUAGAAGAGAUUCGUAUUGAGUUUCUCAAGAUAUUAAACAUUGAUUACCUCUGGAUUUUGAAAAAUCUAGUCAAACUGUCGCUAUCUCAUAAUAUUAUCGAAAAAAUUGAAAAUCUGUAUGAGCUGUGCCACUUAAAAGAAUUAGACCUCUCAUUUAAUCGUAUUAAAAUUAUGGAAAAUUUGAAUAAUCUACAUCAACUAGAAAUUUUGCUUCUAUACAGUAAUGAGAUCUCAAUUGUACAGGGUAUAAGCAAUUUGAAGAAGUUGACUAUUUUGAACAUUGGUAAAAAUAAGAUUGAUGACUGGAAGCAUGUUGUAUAUCUACGUGAGUUCAAAUUGCUCAAAAGUUUAAACAUGCGCGACAAUCCUUGCACAGAGAUGGAUGGAUACUUAGACUAUUUAUUCGCAUUUGUGCCUCAAUUAAUUUAUUAUCAAUAUAGAAUGAUAUCCGAAAACGAGCGUCAAUCCGCUAUCGAUAAGCAUUAUCGUAUAAUCAGCAGUCUUGAAGAAAACGAGGCAAAGAUGCAAAUGGAAUUGGCAAUGCAACGGGAACGUGAAGACAAAAUUACAUUACUAUCCGCAUCAUAUGUGGAAUUCCUUGAUGAUGAUUAUUUAUUUCAACAAAUGUUUUCUUCUGAUGAAGCAGGCAGAACGUUAUCCACAAUAAACGAAAAUACACAGAACGCAUUUGAAGAGUACAAAAAGUCUUUCCUUGCAAUAUGCUAUGAAUUAUAUGAACUAGGUUUACGAGAGAGUGAUAGAAGAACAGAAGAAAUAAGAUUAUUUGAAAUUGCUAUUAAUGAGAGUAAAGAAAAUACACAAAAUAAAGCAAGAAGGAUUGUAGAUGAAGUACUUGAAAAAAAAGUCAAGAUAUUUACAGAUAUAAAAAAUGUAAUGGAAGCUUUGAUAGAGAAACAAGAGGAAGAUGCCGAGAACACCGCCGCAAAAGCAAGGGAAUUGUUUAAUGAAUUUAAUGAUUUAUUAUCUAAGGCACAAAAUCGGUUAAUAUCUAUAGAAGUAAUAUUGCAUGAUCAAAUGGAGGAUAUAAACGAAGUAUUCAGGAUUGAUAUAUCAGACAUGGUCAACUCAUUCCUAAAAGACACACAAGGAUACUUUUCUCUAUUACGAAAUGCAGAGAUUGAAUAUAACAAUAUUAUAAAUGGAUUAAUUGUACAUUAUCUAAGCGGUUUUGGCGAUAAAGUAUAUAUACCAUUUCAUCUUAAGAAUUUGUGUUGCGACAAAGAUACUUUGGCCACAACACUUGCCACUUCACAUGAUAUACAUUUACAAGUGAUAGACAAUCGAGAGAAGCAUAUGAUAAGUCGACUGAACAAUUGGCUCAAAGAUUAUAUCGAUCAGUUAAUCAUGAAUGAAGACAAAAGAAACCGCCAGCAAAUAUUGGAAAUGUCGAAUUUUAUUGAAUUUCAACAGCAACAACUUAAUUUGUUAAGUUUACCACAACACUUAGAUUUGGCAGAUAUUGAUCUACAUGACGACGGCAUAUUGGAAAAUUAACAAUUAAUAUGUUUUGUCUUUUUUUGGAAUAAAAUUCAGGAAAUAAAUGUAAGUGACAUACUUGUUAAUACAUAGCAUACAAAUAUAUAUUUCAAUAUAAAAUAUGUAUAUAUAAAAGUUGAUAAAACUUUGAUUUAUAAGAGUA